CGGGAAAGAGCGGAAGAGGCGGGCUGGUGGAGGCGGGGGUCAAGAUGGCGGCGCCUUUGAGAAUUCAGAGCGACUGGGCCCAUUCUCUCAGGAAGGAUGAAGGGGAGGCCUGGCUGAGCUGUCACCCUCCAGGGAAACCAACUUUGUAUGGCAGCCUAACUUGUCAAGGAAUUGGCCUUGAUGGCAUCCCAGAGAUUACAGCUUCGGAAGGAUUUAUCGUGAAUGAAAUAAACAAGAAAAGCAUUCAUAUUUCAUGUCCAAAGGAAAAUACAUCUUCGAAGUUUUUGGCACCAUACACUACUUUUUCCAGAAUUCAUACAAAGAGUAUAACAUGCCUGGACAUUUCCAGUGGAGGAGGCCUUGGUGUGUCUUCUAGUGCUGAUGGAAGCAUGAAAGUCUGGCAGGCUUCCAAUGGCGAGCUCAGAAGAGUAUUGGAAGGACAUGUGUUUGAUGUGAAUUGUUGCAGGUUUUUCCCAUCAGGCCUUGUGGUUCUGAGUGGGGGAAUGGAUGCCCAGCUGAAGAUUUGGUCAGCUGAAGAUGCUAACUGCGUGGUGACCUUCAAAGGUCACAAAGGAGGUAUCCUAGACACGGCCAUUGUUGAUCGGGGGAGGAAUGUGGUAUCUGGUUCUCGAGAUGGAACAGCGCGACUUUGGGAUUGUGGGCGCUCAGCCUGCCUGGGAGUCAUUGCAGACUGUGGUUCUUCCAUCAAUGGAGUGGCUGUGGGUGCUGCUGACAACUCCAUCAAUCUCGGCUCCCCUGAGCAGGUGCCCAGUGAACGGGAGGUUGGAACAGAAUCGAAGAUGCUGCUGUUGGCCCGGGAAGAUAAGAAGCUUCAGUGCUUGGGACUACAAAGCAGGCAGCCGGUGUUCCUCUUUACUGGCUCAGAUGCCUUCAACUGCUGUACUUUUCUCUCUGGCUUCUUGCUGCUGGCUGGGACUCAGGAUGGAAACAUUUAUCAGCUGGAUGUGAGGAGUCCAAGGGCCCCAGUACAAGUCAUCCACAGAUCAGGAGCACCAGUUCUCUCCUUGCUGAGAUUCAGAGACGGAUUUAUUGCUAGCCAAGGUGAUGGAAGCUGUUUCAUUGUCCAGCAAGACUUAGACUAUGUCAUUGAGCUCACUGGAGCUGACUGUGACCCUGUGUACAAGGCAGCCACAUGGGAGAAGCAGAUCUACACAUGCUGUCGAGAUGGUCUUGUGCGGCGCUAUCAGCUCUCUGACCUCUGAUUCCUUGGAAAGAGGAGUCCCAGUUAAUGAAAAUGAUUGACCAUGAUCAACAAUGAGCAGAAACAUCAUCCGUCCUUCCCAAGGACCAUGUUCUUUAGUGUACUGGGCAUCUUCUAGAAGUCACAUAAAGUCAGCUGCAUUGGCUGUGUAUAACUAUCAUUCCAUAGCAAGACUUACUUUGAACUGAGUAAGAAGCUCACAUGUGCUCACUGCAAGGAGUUUAUCCUCUUUGUAUAAACUCACCCCAGCAACAAAAGGCAAGCUUAUGGACUGCUUACAGUUUGAUCGCACACCUGUUGUGUUAAAUGUUUACAGGACCAGAGGAUUAAAGCCUGUUUUCUGAAGGAAAUAAAAUAUGUUAGGAGGAGUCUGAGUUAGAAAAACUUUGUUAAAUACUCUUAUUCUAGCAAAAAGUCAGUUAAGCUGUUGGAACUCUUUUCUCAGGUGCUUCCUGUUGGCCUGGCCAUAGAGGAGGACUGUUGACAUUAGCAGUAAAUAUCCCAUAAGCAGCAACCUGGGAAAGAUUUUUAUACAGGUAGGAUAACUAACCAUCCUAGUUUUCCUUGGACUGAGGGGUUUUCUCCUACAUGUAACUUUCAGUCCCAGGCAAACCGACAUGGUUUGUCAGCCUACAUACAGGUCAUGAAGUUGAAUCAUAUUAUUGUAAAGGCAGUAGCUAUCAAAGUGUGGUCCCUGAAAUAGCUGAUCAGUAUCACUGUGGAACUUAGAAAUAGAAAUUCUUGAGCCCCACCUCAGACCUACAUCAGAAAUUCUGUGGGUAGGGCCCACAAUCAAUAUUUUAACAAGCCUUCCAUGAUUCUGAAGCAUGCUGAAGUUCAAGAUCUAGAGAAAGAGAUGGUAAAGGGCACUUUAGUCAUAGGUGGAACGCAGGGCUCAUAGGAUGGCCGGGCUGGUCUGUAGGAGAUGAGGGCUGGAAAGGUUGGCAGAGCCCGAAUAGUAAAGGGGCUUGAAUGCCAGGUAAGGAGCUUGAACUUCACUUGUUUGGCAGUACAGAACCAUGAAGGAAUUGCUAAGCAAGGGUAUGACAUGGUUACUUCUUUUUACUCUAAACAUAAAAAUGGAAUCCUAAUGUAUGUAUUCUACGACUUAUUCUCAUUUAGUAUCUCAUUUCUUUUCAUCUCAGUACAUUUAGACCUUCCUCAUUUUUUUAACAAUUUCCAAUGCACGAAUACCAUUUCAUUCACAGUUUAGAGAUUAUUAAAGAAAAAAUUUCUUGGAACAUGCAACACUUGAGCUGGAUCAUAUAGGCUGAGAUCUGGAAUUUAUUUAGGGAAAGAAGAUAAUUCCUGGCUGGGGGAAUAGUAUGGUUUGCAGAGUUCUUAAAGGUAUAUUCUCAUGUAAUCUUUACUGCUACCUUGUGACAUAUCAGUAGUGAGACUCAGAGAUGAAGUGAUUUGUCAGGGGUCAUGGAGAGCUGGAACUUGAACACAGUUUAUCUUAACUUUAAAUCCCAUUUUUUUCUACCUGCUGCUUUUGCCUAAAUAAAAUUGCAAAAAUAAAGUACUGUAAUUCAUUGAGUA